UCGGCACAAAUCGAGUCACACGCCGCUGCUCUCCUACCUUUCCAGUAUUCACUGUAACUAGCAAACCAAAAAUGUCGAGCAACGACCAGACCAACCAGCCCAGCCUCAUCGGUGGCCACGCCGAGUAUGUCAAGGGAGUCGCACAGGCCGCCGUCGGCAGCGUGACAGGCUCCCAGGCUUGGACGGCCUCGGGGGAGCAGGCCAAAGCACAUGCGGUGUCCGACAUGAAGGCGGCAGGCGAGGCAAGAGACUCAGCUGGCAAGGGUCUUGGGAAGGCGGAGGAGCUGGCCGGGAAGGCGGUCGGGUGCGAGGGCAUGGUGCGAGAGGGAGGGGAGAGUAAGAGGGAGUGAGGGAAUAGUAGAUGUAUGUCAGCCACUUGAAUAAGGCAGGCUUCUAAAUGACGAAGUGCCUCGUGAGAAGAGGGUCUCGUGAGGCCUUCGUGGGGCGUCAAUUAUCCUUUUA